CCGCGUCCCGUCCCGUCCGCGCUACUGCUGCCAUCCAGAUCCAUUCCCCAUCGCGUGCUCGUCCCGAUCUGCUCGACCGUGUUCGCCGGAGCCGGAGUAGCGAGAGAUCGAUCGAGGAAGGCCGGGAGAGCGAGCGGACAUGGCGCUGUCGACGGCGCAGACCGGGGAGUCGGUGCACUCGUCGACGUUCGCGUCGCGGUACGUGCGCGCGGCGCUGCCGAGGUUCAGGAUGCCGGAGCAGUCGAUCCCCAAGGACGCGGCGUACCAGAUCAUCAACGACGAGCUCAUGCUGGACGGCAACCCGCGGCUGAACCUGGCGUCUUUCGUCACCACGUGGAUGGAGCCCGAGUGCGACAAGCUCAUGAUGGCCGCCAUCAACAAGAACUACGUCGACAUGGACGAGUACCCCGUCACCACCGAGCUCCAGAACCGGUGCGUGAACAUGAUCGCGCACCUCUUCAACGCGCCGAUCGGCGACGACGAGACGGCGGUCGGGGUGGGCACCGUCGGCUCGUCGGAGGCCAUCAUGCUGGCCGGGCUGGCCUUCAAGAGGAAGUGGCAGAACAGGAGGAAAGCCGAGGGCAAGCCCUACGACAACCCCAACAUCGUCACCGGUGCAAACGUUCAGGUGUGCUGGGAGAAGUUCGCGCGCUACUUCGAGGUGGAGCUGAAGGAGGUGAAGCUGAGCGAAGGGUACUACGUGAUGAACCCGGAGAAGGCCGUGGAGAUGGUCGACGAGAACACCAUCUGCGUCGCCGCCAUCCUCGGCUCCACCCUCACCGGCGAGUUCGAGGACGUCAAGAUGCUCAACGACCUCCUCGCCGCCAAGAACGCCGAGACAGGGUGGGACACGCCGAUCCACGUUGACGCGGCGAGCGGCGGGUUCAUCGCGCCGUUCAUCUACCCGGAGCUGGAGUGGGACUUCCGGCUGCCGCUGGUGAAGAGCAUCAACGUCAGCGGCCACAAGUACGGCCUCGUCUACGCCGGCGUCGGUUGGGUGAUCUGGCGGACAAAGGAGGACCUGCCGGAGGAGCUCAUCUUCCACAUCAACUACCUCGGCGCCGACCAGCCCACCUUCACGCUCAACUUCUCCAAAGGGUCGAACCAGAUAAUUGCGCAGUAUUACCAGCUCAUUCGUCUCGGUUUCGAGGGAUAUAAGGACAUCAUGCAGAACUGCCGGGACAACGCGACGGUGCUCCGGGAGGGGAUCGAGAAGACGGGCUACUUCGACGUGGUGUCCAAGGACUCCGGCGUGCCGCUGGUGGCGUUCUCCCUCAAGGACUCGUCGCGGUACACGGUGUUCGAGGUGGCCGAGAGCCUCCGCCGCUUCGGCUGGAUCGUGCCGGCCUACACCAUGCCCGCCGACGCCGAGCACGUCGCCGUGAUGCGCGUCGUCAUCCGGGAGGACUUCAGCCGCAGCCUCGCCGAGCGCCUCAUCGCCGACCUCACGAAGGUGAUGGCCGACAUGGACGCGCACGCCGGCAAGAAGGCCGCCGCCGAGCCGGCCAAGAAGACCGUGCGGGAGAUCGAGAAGGAGGUGACCACCUACUGGCGGAGGCUCGUCGCCAGGAAGAAGAGCAGCCUUGUCUGCUGAUCGAUGCCGCACCUACCACUACGAGUUCGUGCAGAAACAAUAAUUCAUUGAGUGAUCUUCUUUCCUGCUUACAAUUACUUCAUUUU